AUGUACGCUUUGCAAGUGUACAAUGAUGAAAUGAAGAGUUGGAAAGAUGCAGAAGACGAAAAUGCGCCACUUCCAGAACCGGUGGUUAUCGUAAGUGUCUCAAAAAUGCAUAGAAAUCCCCAACAAAAAAUAAUUUCAGUUCGAAAAAUACCGUGCUCGUCUUCUACCAAUCUCUGCACUUCCAAUCCUUCAAAAUCACCCCAACAUCGAGUCAAUCGCUCUUUCCUCCACUGAAGCCAUAGUUAUCGAUUCGAAAAUCGCAAAAACGUUCAAAAAACAUCCAAAAAUCGAGGAAGAUGUAUAUCACGAUGAAUUUUCGAUGGACACAUCUGAAAACAUCGAAAAUGGGCCAUUGCACACUUCAUUUGUGAGCCUGUCAAAAUUGAAAGCUCGAAAUGGUCACGAAACGGAAGAGGAUUUGGCUGGUUUCGAAUGUGUCGAAUUUUUCGACUGUAAUCCGAUUGAUAUCAGUGAAGCUAUGAGUUUGGAGGCAAAGUGAGCGUUUGUGGGUUAAAAAACAGAACCAUCACUUCUACAAAAUCUCAACCUACCGCCCAUAGAAAUGAUAGAACUUACAAGCCAUUUUCAGUUAUGUCGUUUAGAAACAUAAUUUUCAGAAAUACUGAUUUUGAAACAAAUAAAUAGUAAAUUUGAAAUGUCACGUUUUCCGCGGAAUUAAAAAAAAUAAUUAUUUUUCAUCUUUAGGUCCAAAAAAGCUUAAACCCCACUAAAAAUCUAUUUUUCCAGAAUUCGCAAAACUCCACCAUUUGAUAAUGAAAAACCGAUGCCAAUAAUCAUCUCAACAAAAUCCUCCAAAAAAUUGUUGCCAUCAAUCGUCUGGAAAAUCAUCGACCCAUCACAAAAACUCACAGGAAUCACGAGAAUUCUAGGAAUCGCUUGCGACGAAACGCGAAAUCAAGUCGUCAAAUUGAACGGCGCAUUUCCCGCUCAAAAUUAUCCCAACGAGACUCAAGAAUUCCGGGCGACUUAUCAAAUUAAGCGCGCCAUUUGCAGUCAAAAAAGGAGGGAUCCGGGAGAGGUUGUGGUGGAUAUAAAGUGGUGUCAGGGAUCGGCAAGCGAAUUCUUGGCGCAACCACCGAAUUCGGCAGUUUGCACGGUGAAAGUGGAUUUGGGAUGGGCGGACACCCGAUUUUUUAGAGAUGUUGAGAUGUAUGGAGAAGUUAUGUUCAUUUUGAGUUUGGCUGAUGUUUUGGGUGAGUUUGGAUUGAAAAAUCGAGCUUUUAUGGGAAAAUGUUUUCUUAAAAUUUUGAUAAAUCUCAAAUUACAAAUUUCACCUCAAUUAUCCUUCGGAAAAUCAUCUCCGUUCAUUUUUCAGCCAAUCCUCAAGAAGACAUCAAAUUCAUCACCAAAAACCCGGAAACUCUUCGCGCAGAAUUGGACGAACUUAUUCAAGAAGGUUCUCGAAAAGACGAAGUUUUUGGAGUAACUGCCGGCGAGCUCGAAAUUACCGAGAAACUCUGGAAAAUUCUCUACAAAUCGGCGAACAUCGAACAAGCCGCUGAUUUGCUUCGCAUUUUUUUCACCGCUCUCAAUUUCGGCUCAAUUUCUUCGCGUGUUCAUUAUAAUAAUCGAAGUCGAUUGGCUCAAUUGAUUCAUUCUUCAAAAUCGGGCAAUUUUCGAAUUCCGCGCUUGGAAAAAUUGAAUACGGUCGAAAUGAUAAUGGAGAUCGGAACGGAAUAUUUGAGAAGAAAAUUAAUUCAGGAUUUUUCGACCAAGAUUCAAUUGAGUCAAGAAGAGUUGGAAAUGACGAUGGCGAAUUGCGAACGCGAAAUUCGCAAGAAAUUUGAGGAGGCUGAAUCAAGAGCGAUUGCCAUUUUGCCGAUUGCAAUGAGUUUGGCGACAAUUGAAGAGUUUGUGACGAUGAUUAAUAAGAAUUCUGAGAGACGAAUUCCCGAGAUUGCGAGGUUAGAUUUGGGGCGGAAAAUUAUUCAAUUCGGAGCUUGCGAAAUUCAUUUAUAACAAAAAAACUGAAAGUCUGAUAAAUUAUUUAGCAAUAUUUAGCCUAAAAAGAUAGACAAUUUUUUUAAACCCUAAUUUCUCCACUAAAAGUUUUUCCUUCAGAAAAAUCAUCGCCGAACACGUCGCCUCAACAAUCGCUCAACUCGGCCAACCAAAAUUCAAUUUCAAAUUCGAACAACGUCUCGAAAUCUCCUCACUCUCCUCAACCAUUUUCCAAUCGCGUCGACCUGCAGUUUGGAGAUGCGAAACACGAAAAUCACAAGGAAAAAGACAAGUCGCGCGACUCAUGACAUGCCUCAAUUUGGAAAUGCCGCUCGAGGAGGCGAAUGAGAUUGUGAAUUCGCAACGACCUGCGAUUCGCGAACUCGCUGCAGUUGCUGGUGAAAAUUCGGAAGAGGCGCGAAAAAUUCCAGUCAAAUCGGACUCGGAUUACACGGUAUCCCACACUAUUUUCUCUUAUUAUUGA